AUGGCUUUGGCUUCCACGGAUGCUACCGCAAGGAGACAUGUUGGCCGUUCUUUGGACUCUAACUUGUUAUAUAAACGUAUUCCUUCCAUACACUUAGCUGACAAGAUGGAGCAACUGGAGAACAGGACAUUAGGAAGUGAUGAAGCUAAAGAAUGUGAUGAGGAAGAGAAAUGGGUUCAUGAUUCAUCCGUGGAUUAUAAGGGAAGAGUUCCCCUUCGAAGUUCCACUGGAGUAUGGGCAGCCUCUCUUUUUAUCAUCACUAUUGAGUUUAGUGAGAGGCUUAGCAACUUCGGAAUAACUACAAAUCUCAUUUCAUACCUCACCAAAGUGAUUCAUCAAGACCUCAAAACAGCAGCAAAGAGUGUGAAUUAUUGGUCAGGAGUAACAGCAAUGAUGCCCUUAAUUGGAGGAUUCCUAGCUGAUGCCUACACAGGCCGGUUUCCAAUGGUCCUGCUAUCAUCCCUCAUAUAUCUUAUGGGUCUGAGCCUCUUGACAAUGUCCCAGUUCGUUCCAAGUCUACAACCAUGCAAUGCAGGGAAGUGUAGAAAACCAAGGAAGAUUCAUGAAGUGGUUUUUUUCCUUGCUAUGUAUUCUAUCUCCCUUGGCACAGGAGGACACAAGCCAUGCCUUCAAAGCUUCGAAGCCGAUCAAUUCGAUGAUGAUCACACAGAAGAAAGGAAGAAGAAGCUGUCUUACUUCAAUUGGUGGAACUUUGCACUUUGUUGCGGCCUUAUGCUUGGCGUAACGGUCACGGUUUACAUUGAAGACAAUGUGAGCUGGGGUGUUGCAAGCCUCAUCCUGAGUAUCACAAUGGCUGUAACUAUUGCAACACUCUAUAUGGGAAGGCCUUAUUACCGAUAUAGGUUACCAGAAGGGAGUGCUCUAACACCCAUGCUGCAGGUUGUGGUUGUAGCGAUAAGGAAGAGAAAAUUACCUUAUCCUUCCAAUCCAGCUCUUCUAUCUGAAGUCCCCAAGUAUGAAACCCGAGGCAGACUUUUAGGUCACACAGACGGGCUCAAGUUUCUAGAUAAAGCUGCAGUACUUGAAGAGGAGGAGGAACUUUCAAAUGAAGCGAAACAUAAUCCUUGGAGACUAGCAACGGUGACAAAAGUAGAGGAGAUGAAGCUUAUUCUAAACAUGAUUCCGAUAUGGUUAACUUCAUUGCCAUUUGGAAUAUGUGUGGUACAAACAGCAACAUUCUUUGUUAAACAAGGAGCUACAUUAGACAGAAAGAUAAGUCCCAAUUUUCACAUCCCACCAGCCUCCAUUUAUUCUCUUGGGGCUGUCGGGAUGAUAAUCUCUGUGACCAUCUAUGACAAAAUUCUUGUUCCGACUUUAAGGAGAGCUACCGGCAAUGAAAGAGGCAUUAGUAUCCUCAAAAGAAUUGGUAUUGGCCUGAUUUUUUCAGUUGUAGCCAUGUCAGUGGCAGCUUUAGUGGAAAGGAAGAGACUAAAAAUUGCUAACGAGGAUAUUAACGUGUUGCACAGAGAGAAAAAUGUGGAACUGGCCAUGAGUGUGUUUUGGCUAGCACCCCAAUUCUUGAUUCUUGGCCUAGGAGAUGGGUUCACUUUGGUUGGCCUGCAAGAAUAUUUUUACGACCAAGUUCCUGAUUCCAUGAGAAGUUUGGGCAUAGCUUUUUAUCUUAGUCUGCUCGGAGGUGCGAGCUUUUUAAGUAGCUUCCUGAUAACCACUGUAGAUCAUAUUACAGAGGAAGACGGCAAAGGUUGGAUUGGUAAGGACAUGAACUCCAGUCGUUUGGACAAUUUUUACUGGCUUUUGGCAGGCAUCAAUUUGGUAAAUUUAUGUGUUUAUGUGCUCUUGGCUAGGAGGUAUACUUACAAAAAUGUGCAGAGAAGGUUGGUUGCGACUGAUUUGAACAAGGGUGAUAGGGAGUCGAUGCCCUGA